AUGCCUUCAGAGCCCAAGAAUGAAGCAACUCGACAGAUUCGACGCUUAGUUAUUGACGCGACGUCUGCGGCAAUCGCCGCAGGGCUCGUCACGCCAGCCGUCAGUAUAAUGGAUAGGCAUAGAAGAAUCGUGGUAGAGAACUCCUGUGCGCCAGUAGCUCUGAAAACCGGACUGAGGAAGCAUUUUAUCUCUGCUAUCCGAAGCCCACGCCGUUUCGCAACCUCUAGGCCAUGUCUUCUCGUGUUUGCCUUGUAUAUGGGAACAUUCGGGGUCGCCAAUGCGUCUCAAACACUACUCGAGGCACGGUCCCCGGACGUCGACCCAGCCAUUGCCCAGGGCACGACGGUUCUAAGCACACUGUCGGUUAAUGUGCCACUGGGGAUAUACAAGGAUACCGUCUUUUCCAAACUAUUCGGCUGUGCGGUGGUAGCUCGCGGUGGAUCCUCGGUGCUCUCGGCAAUCCCGCGGACCCCGUGGCUAACUUACGCUUCGUUUCUCCUGCGCGAUGGUGUCACGAUCUAUACGUCUUUUAGCCUUCCGCACACUGUCGCUGCCGCGAUGCCUGACGUACCUGCGAGCUAUCAGCACGCAGCGUCAAUUGCCUCACAGAUGGUGGUGCCAGCAAUAGGUCAGAUCUUGAAUACACCUAUCCACCUAAUUGGGCUUGAGAUCUACAAUAGGCAGGGCAACACGAGCCCUGCAAGCACGCUAGCCUUGCUACGCAGGGACUUGGCUUCCGCCACGAUCACUCGAAUGUGUCGUAUUAUCCCGGCGUUUGGAUUGGGUAUCUUGACAAAUAACGAAAUGCGUUCUUGGUUGAACAAGCCUGUGGCUGCGACCUGA